AUGGCUUCCACGUCGAGGAAACGUUCGGCGCGUAGCCUGCAAGAAGAUGAGCAGACCUCAUCGGCGGCAGAGGCGCCGGCGGCGGUGCGAGAGGACGAGGAGCGGGUUGCGGUGGCGGGCAUGGAGGCGUGGAGGUUCGGGUUCUCGAGAUUCUCCUGGUUUCCCGCGUUCAAGUUCGACCCCACCGACGCCGACAUCGUCGCCUCCUACCUCCUCCCGCGCGCGCUCUACGGCCGCGGCCACGCCGCCGUUAUCCAGGACGACGUGUCGAGGUGCGAGCCGUGGACGCUGAUGCGGGAGCACGGCCACGCCACCAGCGCGCACGCCUUCUUCGUCCACGACCACGAGAGCGUCGGCGGCGGCGGCGGCGGCGGCAGGCGCAAGGUGCAGCGCGCAGUCAAGAACGGCGGCGGCGUGUGGCGGAUCCAGAAGGGCGAGGUGGCGAUCCUCACCAUCGUCCGCGGCGGCGGCGGAGGCGGAGGCGAGCUCGACGUGGUGUACAAGCGGCGCAACCUGAGCUUCCACCGCCGCGGCGAGAGCUCCUCCUCCGGAUGGGUCAUGCACGAGUACGAGAUCACCUCGCCGCCGCUCCCCGCCACCGUGCUCUCCCGGAUCAGGGCCACCCCCAGGGCCAAGGACAAGAAGCUGUGCAUCAAGGAGGAGCCCUCCUGCUCCACCUCCGCCGCCGGCGAGCGCUCUGGCCCUAACCCAGACCACACCGCCGCCGGCGCCGGUGACAGCGCCACUGCCAACCACAACAAUACAACGUCGGCGGCGACAACAACUAUGGCAGCGGCGGUGUAG